UUCUGUCUUUAGUCAGUGCUAGGAGUAAGUUUCAGUCGUUUUUUGCGUAAGCUUAGUUCUCCAUACAUGAGAAUGGGGCAAACGUUAUGUUUUCCUAUCCUGGUCUGACAUGUGGGGAUACAGUUAGUCUUAAAAACAUACAUGUUCAGAACCAUUUGUGAAAAAAGGAUUCCUACAUCUUUCUCUAUGUAUUUUCAAAUGAGGCACCCUCUUGGAAAUAUGGCUUAGUCGUGGUACCUUGUUGAAACCCGUCAGCUGCUCUUUUUGUGGGCUAGAGUACAUAAGGAAUCUAGAUGACUGCAAAUAUUCCUGCAUGCCUAUCCAUGCCGGAGCGACCGUUGACUGUGAAAAAGGCAUGAAAUUGGAGGUUUACUUUGAAGAUGUUCACCAACAUGAAAUAUCGUAUAAAAAAGCUCAUGUGAAUAAGUCUAUUCCUGUCACAGUGAAAUAUAUGGUUUUCACCGAGAAAAAGGAAAUUGAUCCUGAUACAAUUACAUGGAAACACAAUGAUGUGGUAAUGAAUAUUGGUGACAGUGAUAACCAAGAUGUCUAUUACAAAUAUGAUAAAAAUGCUGUUGGUUAUGUAUUUUCACUUCAUCUAAAAAUGCCAACUGCUCGUGUCACUGGUACUUGGACUCUUACUGUCAACACAAAGGAUGGUUCACCACAUAGUGGUAAUUGUCAAAUUACAUCUCAACCUAUAAUCCGUUCAAGAUUCAGCGCUGUUCGUGGUCACGAAGGAAAUCCAUUAUCUGUUCUAUGUGAAAUUGAUGGUUUCCCUGCAGCAAAUCAAGUCAGUUGGAAACGUCUUGUGGAGAAGAAGGACGGGAGUUCUGCACAAUUAUUACCAGUAACUAAUGCCGUUUUCAAAGCCCACGGAACAACUAGAGAUGCUAUAAUGGAAUGGAGUGAUGCAUCCGAUUCAACUGGAUUUUACUUGUGCACAGCUACAUCAAGAUUAGGAUCAGAUAGUCAGCUAUUAGAAGUUCGUAUUAAAAGUAAAUUGGCUCCAUUAUGGCCUUUCAUCGGAAUUAUUGCUGAAAUCUUGGUGCUUGGCAUUAUAAUAUUGAUUUAUGAACGAGCUCAAGCUAAACGUCGUCGUGAAGAGGAACGUGCUACUUUAUUGAAACCAAAUCCAGAAAGUGAUCGUUGUUAA